AUGGCGGCAAACACCGUGAACGCAAUCGGGUGGGGCACCAAGGACUCGUCGGGUAUCCUCACCCCUCUCAAGUUCACCCGUCGGGCCACGGGCCACAAGGAUGUCCAGUUCAAGGUCAUGUUCUGCGGGGUCUGCCACUCGGACCUCCACCUCAUCAAGAACGACUGGGGCUUCGCCAACUACCCCAUGAUCCCGGGCCACGAGAUCGUGGGCCUCGUCACCGAGGCGCUGCUCAACCUGCUGAAGCCGAACGGGAAGCUGAUUGUGGUGGGGCUGCCGGAGAGGCCGCUCGAGCUGCCCAUGUUUGCGCUGGCCACGCAUAGGAAGAUGGUGGGCGGGAGCAUGAUUGGAGGGAUUAAGGAGACGCAGGAGAUGAUCGACUUUGCGGCCAAGCACAAUAUAUUGCCCGAUGUUGAGGUUAUAUCCAUGGAUUAUAUUAAUACGGCGAUGGAGAGGCUGGCGAGGGCGGAUGUCAAGUACAGGUUCGUGAUCGACGUGGGGAAGACUUUGAAGGCUGAGAAUUGA